AUGCCCUUCGCUCGCACUCUCCUCCACACCUCCCGCGCCUUGUGCGCCAGGUCCUCCCUCAACCCCGUCCAACAAGCCCUAGGCGCAAGGGGACAGACACAACUUCUCAAUGCCGCCGCACGAAGCUACGCCACCAUCUUCGAGCGCACCAAGCCGCACGUCAACAUCGGGACUAUCGGCCACGUCGAUCACGGAAAGACCACCCUCACAGCAGCAAUAACCAAACGCCAAGCCGAAAAGGGCUUCGCCCACUACCUCGAAUACGGCGCCAUCGACAAGGCCCCGGAAGAGCGCAAACGCGGCAUCACCAUCUCCACCGCCCACAUCGAAUACCAAACCGAGCAACGCCACUACGCCCACGUCGACUGCCCGGGCCACGCCGAUUACAUCAAGAACAUGAUCACGGGCGCGGCAUCGAUGGAUGGCGCGAUCAUCGUCGUCGCCGCGUCGGACGGGCAGAUGCCGCAGACGAGGGAGCAUCUGCUGUUGGCGCGACAGGUGGGCGUGAAGAGGAUUGUCGUGUUCGUGAAUAAAGUCGAUGCGAUCGAAGACAAAGAGAUGUUGGAACUCGUCGAGAUGGAGAUGCGCGAGCUGUUAUCUUCUUACGGCUUCGAGGGUGACGACACACCUAUCAUCCUCGGCUCCGCCCUUUGCGCCAUCGAAGGCCGCCAACCAGACAUUGGCGUGGAGAAGAUCGACGAGUUGCUAGAAGCAGUCGACACCUGGAUCCCUACCCCGGAGCGCCAGCUCGAUAAGCCCUUCCUCAUGUCUGUGGAAGACGUCUUCUCCAUUCCCGGCCGCGGGACCGUAGCUUCGGGACGAGUGGAACGCGGUGUGUUGAAGAAAGACUCAGAGGUCGAGUUGGUCGGGAAGACACCCACCGGCGCACCUAUCAAGACGAAAGUCACCGACAUCGAAACCUUCAAGAAAUCCUGCGACGAAUCGCGCGCGGGAGACAACUCCGGCCUCCUCCUCCGCGGCGUCAAACGCGACGACGUGCUCCGAGGAAUGGUCAUCGCCCUGCCCAACACCACGCGCGCCCACCGCAAAUUCCUCACCUCCAUGUACGUGCUGACGAAAGAAGAAGGAGGCCGUCAUACCGGUUUCCACAAUAACUACAAACCGCAGCUUUUCAUCCGCACGGCGGACGAGGCGGCGAGUAUGUUCUGGCCGGAGGGGAGUGAGGGCGCGAAGGAGGAUAAGAUGGUCAUGCCGGGGGAUAACGUGGAGAUGGUGGUCGAGAUUCAUAAGCCGCUGGCUGUCGAGCAGGGGCAGAGGUUCAAUGUGCGCGAGGGGGGCAGGACGGUGGCGACCGGGUUGAUCACGCGGAUUCUGGAGUGA